AAGAGACCAAAAUAAAGAUUAAGGAAGGAUUCGAUGUUGUACAGGUGUUUACAAAACUUGGGAAGUUUUGGGUGUUAUAUAUGGUUGGAUUGAUAGUGAGAAAAGUUUAAAUUUGAGCAUUCAAGCUCAAAUCUAGGGAUUGAUAUGAGUAGGAAAUGCCCAAACCAUGAUAUAGAAUAAUGAGCAACCAGGGACUCAUUCACAACAUGCCAAACUGUUGUUGGAGGAUCCCACAUCAUCAGAAAUCAUCAUGGACCAAUGAAAAACACAGCUUGUAUAUUAACUCCAUGGAGGAAGUCUUUGUCUCAGGUCUUUAUCAGGAAGGAGAUCAUACAUAUCCCUGUAAAAGAUGGCAAGCAUAUAGAGGAGAAAAAAUAGCCUCUGUAUUUGGCCUGGAUUUAAAUGAGGAAGUUGAAUCUGGUUUUUCCAAUGGUCAAGUACUGCUUGGAUUUCCUGAGCAGAGCCAAAGUGAAGGUAAACCAGAAAAGCCUAGCCUCUAUCAUGAUGUUCAAAACAAUUCAAUAAAGUGUGGAUUGGAGGAGAUAUGCAGCAGUAAUGACACAUUUCAGGAACAGUAUAGGAAUGGGAGAAGAAAGAAGAGGAAGUCACAACAUGGAGAGAGGGAAAUAACAGAUAUAUUCGAAGAAGUGCAGUCGAAGUAUAAAGAUGAUCGUGCAAGAAAUUUCUAUGCUUGGCGAAAUCGGUUGACAGAAGAUACAACUGUUUCAGAAACUUCUGUGAAAACCUUGUGUAACAACCAGGAGGAUGAGGUCAUUCCAUUCAUCGAUGAGACAUCUCCCAAGGUGGAUGGCAAGCCAUGAUAACACUAUUUAGUCUCUGGGUUGGGAGGCCGACAAAAAUGUUUCAACUAAUUGACAAUUUAGAGGUCGGACAUUUAAAUUACACAUAUUAAGCUUUGAUUUCUAGAUUUAAAAGUUCUCCGACUUAACAUGUUGCUGUGUGUGGUCUAAGACUAGUCGUUAGAGAUAUUUAUGAUCAGUCAAUUAUUUGAAUGGAAUCGUUGUAAUAGUUGAUAAGAUUUAAUUGAUAUGAUAUUUCUGAAUAACGAUUCUUGAAA